UAAACAGAACCAUUUAAACGCAUGAAGUGGUAUGCGUCUCGAGCAUAUGUUCAUUUUUAUUUGUAGUAUUUACCUUGUUUUUUACCGAACGGAGCCAUCUUUUUAGGAAGAAUAUAAGUAGCUGAGCGGGCUGUUUUUAAAAGUUGUCGACUCCGGAUUUAAAGUGAAUCUCGACUGUAGAGAUUAUAAACCAAGAGCGCGCUCAUCCCUUUCACUGCUCUGAGAUUAUUACAAUGAGUUUUUCACAGAACAGGGACACGGCUUUCCUGAAGCCAGAUGAAGCCUCUGCUGUGGAGGCGGCGGUCAGGGCGGCGGUCAGGUCCAUCCUGAAGGUUUUCUGUGAGCUCAAUGAGAAGAGAUCGCACUGCUAUGAGGUGAAGUUAGCCGAGGCGGAAAGAGAAAACGCAGAGCUCAAGUUUCAGUUAAAAACCGCCGAGCAGGAGCUUCAAACUUUACGACAGGUCUCUUCUAAUUACAAAAUCUCAGCUGAGGUCACCUUCAGUACAGAUGCUGAAGAACCAGGACAAGAACCGGUGUCUUUCCAGAGUGUCUCAGUGCCAGAGAGCGACGGUGUGCUGGUGCUAAAGGAAGAAGAGCCUUUUUACGACAGCAAACUGUUUAUAAAGAGUGAAAUGACUGAGCAGUGUUCUGUAGUGAACUUUAAUGGACACCCUGUUAUUGAAAACAAUCAAAUUUGCCAACAGAUGGCACAAAUCCAGACAUACAACACCUACGACCAUCACAACCACUCAAUUAAUCAAGAUCCGGUUUUAACCGGAUCUGAGAGAAGGAGACUGACACGGUACGAGAAUGUGAGAAGGUAUAGAGAAAGGAUCCGGGCUGAUCCUGUGAAAUACCUCGCCUGGAAAGAGAAGAACCGCUUAAGAGGGAGGAGCUAAGAAGUGAGCAAGAGAAGAAAGGAAAUGAAAUGAGGAAGCGAAAUUAAUGAAAUGAGAAGUACCCACGUCUUUGACUUGUGUAUUUGCAAACCAUCCAGGUAUCUGCAAAACAGAAAGACCAUUAAUGAACUUCCUGAGCCCAUGAAGAAGCUGCAAAGGAAGGCUUGGAGAGAGGCUACCAGACGACACCGUGCAAAAAAGCUGGCUCAAGCUGCUCUUCCUGCUACAUCCAUGUCACAAACAGCCAGCCUGUAAUGCCCAGGUCAGACAGAAGGCUGCAACUAGUUUUCAACUACUUGCGUCUACCUGCGAUAACAAAAUCGCAGGUAGACGCAAGACUGGACUUGCAUCGACGCACAACGACGCAGAUAAUGACAGAGUGCUGCAGAGGGUCUUUAGUAGAGGCAGGUUGAUGCAAGUGGAUCACGAUCUGUUCACAUUUCAGCUCCGAUUCGAUUCCAGUCGGUGCAAAUAGCAGGUUGAUGCAUGUAGAGGUAGAGGCAGGCGGUCGUGCAACGCUUGAACGACCAAUUGCAGGUUGAAGCAGGUAGUGGCAGCUAGACACAGGCUGACGUAGGGGAAGACAUGUCUUUAGAGAUGGCUGCGAUGCAUCACAGGUAGUUUACAACAACCUGCGAGCAGUCUUAUGGCCUUAUAUUUUUUAAAGUUUUUUUGUGCACUGCGUCUAGCUGCGUCUGCUUCCGACUGGUUGCGUCCUGUCAUAAUAGCUUAAAAACCCUGCAUCUUGCAAUACGUCUGACCACAGCGAAGGAUUUGAUGCAAAAUGCCUGCUUCCAUCUGCGAUCAGUUGCCACCCGACCGAUCGCAGUUCACUGCAUGCGUCUUUCUGCCGUCUGACCUGGGCAUAACCAGGACAGUUUCGUCCUUUAGUCUGUGUGUGCUCUGAAAGUGGCUCCUUUGUAUUGCGUAUAUAUGAAUAAUUGUGAAAAAUGGAUACUUGUGUGCUCAUAAUCCAGAUCCAGUUUGUAAUGAAUAAUUUAGAGACAUUACCAUACACGUCUUAAAAUUAUGUCUAAGGUUUUAUUAUUCCACUGGACAUAAAAACAAAGUUUUGGUU